AUGAACGCUAUUGUUGCUUUGAUCUCUGCUGUCAGCGUUUUCGCUGUUUCUGCUCUUCAUCUUGACUUUGGUGCUGCCGAUUUGGCUGCCCAUGGUGCCGUUGUCAAGGGUGUUCACCACGGUGCCAAGGUUCUUCACUUUGUUCCUAAUGGUGAAUUCGAUGGUCUCAAGUGCGGUGCCAACUUCGAGUGGGCUUUGCCAGCUGCCGUCAAGGAAGUCUUGGCCUUCUCUCACUGCAAGGAUGGUGGCCUCGCUUUGGCCCACGUCACUCUCGUUGAUGGAUCUGAGCACUUCCUCCACUUCUUUGGUGGUGUUGCUCUCCCAGUUUCUCACAGUGUCUGGUUCGGAAAGCUCGCCAAGGGUGUCUGCAAGCAUGCUCCAGCUCUUGCUGGCUUGCCACAUCAUGCUGUUUUGGCUGACUUGGCUCAUGUCUUGGCUUAAGAGUCUUGAAAGAUUUAGUUUUUAGUAAUGUCAUCAUUACUCAGUUUGUUUUCAAACGCUUAAAUUUCACUGUAAUGGUUACAGUUGUGUAAUGUGAUUAUUAUCU